CGCCCUCCGCACCCACCUACCUACCCACCCACACUGAGCGACCCCACACACGGCGCCUCCCCGGGGGAAUAUGAGCCCCCGCCGGCCCGCCAAUGUGGAUUUCUCGGUCGCUUCACAGGGGGGCGGUUCUUGCUGAGGAAGCCGAGCGGCUGCCCUCCAGGCCGGCCGAGCUGGCCCAGGGCCGCUUCUACCCGCGCUGCUUCCAGCGCUCCGAGGCCGCCAUGGCCGCGCCGUUCUGCGGCCCGGAGCAGCAGCAGCAGCAGCAGCAGCAGCAGCCGCCUCCUACGCGCCAGCAGGAGCAGCAGAGCCCGGGCCGGCCAGACGCGGCGCGCCAGCAGGAGCAGCCGCCGCAGCCCCAGCAGUGCGGCCUGUGCUGCUCGCGGGGCCCCGGGCACUCCCGCUCCCGCUCCAGCCCGGCCGCCUUGCUGCCGCAGGCCGACGAGCUGCGGCUGCUGCCCUGCCGUCACUCCCUAUGCCAGGCGUGCCUGGAGGCUCACGGCGGCAGGAGGCGGCGAGGGGGCAACGGGCCGCUCAGCCACUCGCCUCCCGCCGCCGCCUCUACCUCUUCCUCCUCGGCCAACUCCUGCGGCGCCGCCGAGCUGGCCUGCCCCAUCUGCGAGCACCGCAUGCCGCCCGCCGACAACGACGGGCUGCCCGCCGACCUAUUGCUGCUCAACAACUUGCUGGACGUGGUUUCGGCGGCCGAGGACGAGCUGGAUGGUGGCGGUGGGCAGCGGCGGGGCCGCACCAAGGGCUCGCCGUCGGGCUGCAGCUCCUGCGAUGAGGGGGCGCCGGUGACCUCCCGCUGCAUGGACUGUGCCGAAUAUCUGUGCGACCACUGCGUGCGGGCACACCAGCGGGUCCGCCUAACCAAGGAGCACGUUAUCCACCGCUUCAGGCAGCAGCAGCAGCAACACUACAACCAGCAGCCCUUCACCAGCCUGCCGCUCGCACAUGAACGGGUCAGCUACUGCCAGCAGCACGACAACGAAGUGAUGCGUCUGUAUUGUGAUACCUGUGCUGUGCCGAUUUGUCGAGAAUGCACAAUGAGCCGUCAUGUAGGACACAGCUUUGUCUACCUCCAAGAUGCUGUACAGGACUCCAAAGAAAUAACCUUACAGUUAUUAGCAGAUGCGCAGCAAGGCCGGCAGGCCAUUCAGCUCAGUAUAGAGAAAGUUCGGGCCAUGGUGGAACAAGUGGAGAUGAAAGCUCAAGUUAUUCGAUCAGAAGUGAAAGCGGUAACUUCGCGGCACAAGAAGGCUCUAGAAGAACGUGAAUGUGAACUGUUAAGAAAAGUUGAAAAGAUCCGGCAGAUGAAGGCCAAGACACUGCACCUCCAAGUGGAAGCACUGCGUGAAAAUCUCACCAGGCUGGAGAGCACAAUAGACUGUGUGCAGAAAGCGCUAUUGGAUGGGAGAGAUGUGGAUGUACUCUUGGCAAAAGAGCAAAUGUUUGUCCAAAUCCAAGACCUGAAGAAACUUAGAAAUCUCCUUCAACCUCAAGAUGAUGACAUGCUUUCCUUCAUUCCACCUGACGGUGUACUAUACAAGGCCAUAAAGUCACUCGGCAUAAUCAGUAGCAGUGCAUAUGCACCAAUAUCCACAGCUGCUGGUGAGGGAUUGAAGCGGGCAUUGCGUGGGAAGAUGAGCAGCUUCACUGUGAUCACCAAGGAUCAUACUGGUGAAGGGAGAUCGUCAGGUGGUGACUUGGUAGUUGUUGUGAUUAUGGGGCCUGAUGGGUGCCUCUUUCGGGCUGAUGUUCUUGAUCAUCAUGAUGGCACCUAUACCGUUAAUUACUCCCCACAUCUGGAAGGAGAACAUGUAGUCUCAGUUACUAUUCGUGGGCAGCAUAUUGAGAAUAGCCCCUUUCGUGUAAUUGUCAAAGCGGGUCGCAACUACACGGGAAUUGGGCUUCCGAUUUGCUCUUUUGGUGGAGAAGGGGAUGAAGAUGGGCAGCUUUGUCGUCCAUGGGGCGUCUGUGUCAACAAAGAGGGUUAUAUUGUCAUUGCUGAUCGCAGCAAUAACCGUGUCCAGGUGUUCACACCGAGUGGAACCUACCACCAUAAGUUUGGAACGGCGGGUUCUAGACCUGGACAAUUUGAUCGUCCUGCUGGAGUUGCCUGUGAUCAGAAUUGUCGGAUCAUAGUGGCCGAUAAGGACAACCACCGCAUUCAGGUUUUCACCUUUGAUGGGCAAUUCAUCCUUAAAUUUGGGGAGAAAGGCAGCAAGAAUGGUCAAUUCAACUAUCCUUGGGAUGUUGCAGUCAAUACUGAUGGAAAGAUUCUGGUGUCUGAUACUCGCAAUCACAGAGUUCAGCUUUUUGGCCCAGAUGGGAACUUUGUAAGUAAAUAUGGCUUUGAGGGGGCAUUGUGGAAGCACUUUGAUUCUCCCCGUGGUGUGGCCUUUAACCAUGAAGGACACCUUGUGGUAACAGAUUUCAACAAUCAUCGGCUGCUGGUGAUCCACCCUGACUUCCAGUCAGCACGCUUCCUUGGUUCUGAAGGCACAAGUAAUGGACAGUUCCUUCGCCCUCAGGGUGUGGCUAUUGACCAAGAAGGCCGCAUAAUUGUAGCCGAUUCCAGGAAUCAUCGCAUUCAGAUCUUUGAACCAAAUGGCAACUUCCUGUGCAAGUUUGGGACCCAAGGCAGUGGCUUUGGGCAGAUGGAUCGUCCAUCUGGAAUAGCCCUAAUGCCAGAUGGACUGAUAGUGGUCGUCGACUUUGGCAACAAUCGUAUCCUCUUAUUUUAAUAAUGCUGUGUUCUUGUUUUUCUAUAUUGUGGAUUUGUUGCUCAGGGACAAUGUCUUAAUUGUUUUCCCUAUAGAAGACAGUUUGUUUUUUUUCCUGUGCUGCAGUCAUCUACCUCAUGUUGGUAAAAGUGUGAGCUUGAGCUGUGAGACUACUUCAAAACUACAUAAAUUUAUAGCAGACCUACCUCACUGCCUGCAGAUGUUGGGCUGACUAAUGUUUGGAUAUUUCCAUGGAACUGUGCAAAUGUGUCCAGGCAUUUGGUGCCUUUAUGAUCUGAAUCCAAAGACUUGUUUCUUAGUAUUAAAGUUGUCCUGUAGCUUUAUUUAAUGAAAAUCUCUCAGGUAGGAAGACUAUUGGCCACUUGUAUAGCCUAAAAGUGGCCAAUUGUGGGUGACUGAUAAAGGCUUUGGCUGUCUACCUGCAUACAUUUUGUUUUCAGGGAUUAUUCAAUAUUGAACAUCUUGUAUGUUUAGCCCUACACUUUCUGAAUGUAACCCUACACUCCACCUGAAUGUAAACUAAAUACCUCUUUUUGUUGUUGUUAGGGUGUAAUGUUAUUUGGCCUGAUGCACAUAGAAGCUCUUGAGGGUUCUUAGUGUUUAUUUGGGGUGUUGUAUAUAAAAAAAAAUGGAGUUGUCAUUUGAUACCCUGAAGAUCAAACUAUAUUUAUGGCACCUGGGAUAAUCAAAAUAUAUUUACCUCUACUGCUAUCUCAGGUACCUUUAUGAAAUCUAUUUCCUACUCUAUUAGUAGGCUGUAUUUGGUCUUGGAGGCAGUAUUACUUUGCAUUGGAAGUGAGAAUUGGCUGGUUUAAAAAAAAAAAAAAAGCUUUUUCUUGGCUCUUGUUUAGUCCUAAUUGAGAUUGGGUGAAAAAUGAUUUCUGGGGGGGAAAGCCCACUGGUGUUGCUUGGUGCAAGACUGCUUUAAUACAUGUGCUGUUACCAAUGCUGUGGGCAAAGGUUAAGCAUGCACCUAAUUUGACUCUCUAAACUGUUCUCAAUACCAGGCUUUCUCAAUGGGAAAAUCUUCAAUCAUCCAAUCCAUCAUUGAGCAAUUGUGUUUGGACGUAAUUGUGCUUUUUGCAAUAUUUCUGGUUUAUUUUGAGAAGAGCUGAUCAGUUGUUUACUGGUGGGAUUUAGAGAACGUGGUUUGUAUUAUUCUGUCCUUUAGUAGAAAAUAGUUUGAUUCUUUUCAGCAUGAGCAUAAUGAUUUUGUCAUAUGCUGAAGCAAUUGAAAAAUGAAGACCCACAAGGACUGGCUGAAUUACUGAUUGUAACAAUGCUGUAUGAAUACUGUGGCAGAUUUUUGGUUGUAGCUAAUAGUUGAGAAUAUAUAUAUUUAUCAUAUAUAUAUAUAUAUAUCUGCUUUAGUAUAGGAGCAAGGAUAGUUCAAUAGAUUUAAUUCCAUCUCUGAAUCUCUUAUUUUCUCUGUAGUCCAAAAGCAGCCUGUUAGUUUAGAGAUGAGACCAUGUCUCUUUAAAACUCUUUUAAAUUAAGUUUAUGCAAAUUUCCAGUACAGCCUUCAAUUCAGAUUUUAGUUUAAAAAGAUCAGUAUUUAUACAGUCUGGAACUGCAGCAUAUAAACAGGCAUUUCACAAAAUAUUUGUUUAAAAAAAGUUAACAACCAAAAUUGUAUAAUUUUAACAUGGCCAGUUUCAUCUGACAUGCUAGGAUGCUCCAUUAGAUCAUCUGCCUUACUGGUUUUGGUAUUCACUGUUACAGGCACAGAUUUUGAAAAAAUCUUUAAAGCCAUCUUCCUGCUGUUAUUUGUACCUCUGCUGUUUGCAAAAAAUGUAUAUUCCAUUCCUGCCGCCAUGAAUGGGGAGGAAAGGGUCCAGUAGUUUAAAAUCCACGAAGGCUAGGGAUUCUAAAUAUUCACUUUUUUGUAUAAUUGUUUUUGUUUAAAAAUGAGGUGUGCUCAUUUGUGACAAUGUUUGCUUUUGGUACUUUGCUGAAGUUCAGCUCCUAAGGCUGCUUAUCAAAACGUGGGGUUGGCCCAGAAGGAAUUUGCAUUGCUGAGCACAGUCAAUAGCAACAAUGAACUAUUGGGAGAACUUCGGGGGGAAAAGUUGUUUUGAGUUCUAAACCAUAGGGUCUAAAAAUACAGAGCAAUUUUAUCCCUACUCAAAGCUAUGUUGACUAUUUGUUGGAAUAAUUGGUGAUGGUGGGGGGAAUGGUGAUUAACAAAAUAGUGGCCAAUUUAUUAUGAUGGGGCAGUGACUUUAGGUUCUGUUUGUUCCCAAGUAUGGAGAAUGAUUACUUUUGGCUGAUCUUCAGUAAGAUUGGAAAAUGCUUCAUAAUUCAUGUGAUCCAAAAGCUAUUUAUAAAUGUGGGUGUUCUACAUAAUUGUGAUCUCCCUAAUGGAUCAGUUUAGCCUUAAAGAUGAAACUGGCUAAUGUGCUGCUUCAGAUGGACUGUAACAGUUGGUUUGAUAUAUUGUGGUUAGCUGUUGUAGUGUAGAAUGGCUUUUAUUUUACACAAUAGGAAUUUGUUCAUGAGCAGUGGUUAAUGAUUCACGCAAAACUGUUAAGGAACCCCAUUAAUUUGAAAUCUUUAAAGCUCUCCAACUCUUUGAAAUAUGAAAUAAGUAUUGUCUUUAGAAUUCAAACCCUACUAAAUCUAGUUAUUGUAUUUUGAAUACUGUACUCUGGCUUUGAGAUUUAUGCAGUUGCAACUUUGGGUGGACUGCCUUAAAAUCUCUUGAAGGCAUUUCUUUUCCUUAGCACAAAUUUAAAGAUACAAGCACACACUUGACACCCCCAUCUGGGGUGCUUUUAAAAGGUAAUCCUGCUGCCGUUAAGCACCAAAAUAACGUAUAAUUCAUCAGUUUGUUAAUGUACCAUAUUAUUGACUUAUGUUGGGGUAGCAGUGAUCCACAAUCUUCAAAACAAAUUUUACCUUCUGAAAACAAAAUAGGUUGUUCCCAUUUAAAUUAUUUCUUUUGAUACUGUGAGUUAAUUCAUGUGAAGCAGAAUUCAAAGUGAAGUCUGCAGUAAUGGAGUAACACAUUUUAUCCAGUACUGUACUUUGCUUGGGGGAAUCUUUGCUAAUGUAAAGUGUGAUCUAUCUGAUCAUGUUGUUCCCUAUGAAGUCAUAAGAAUAUAUUUGAUGGAAUGGCUUUUCAGUUCUAAUUUGCUUUUGAAUUAGUCUCUUGAACAUAGUUUUAGUGGGACCAUAUGUAAUAUGAAAGAUUGGGGGACCUUUUCCAGAUGCAAAACUGCUAGUUAAAGGUUGGAUUCAGGGGUGAUGAAGUUCCCUUUUUUCCCCUAAAUAACUCUUUAUUCUUAUUUGACUUAAAUGUCUUGUUGUCCAGUUGGUAACUUAAUAUGAUCUUGAUCUGGAUAUGUAUACACUUUGAAUUGUAUGAUUUAAGGUUUGGGAGUUUUCAAAAUGACAUCACUUUCCAAUUUUGUACAAACCUCCUUAGUCUAUUAGCUUGAGAAUUCACAAAACACUUCGCACAGCCUUACAAGCAAAUGCAGAGAAAAUUGACUGAAAAUGCUUAAUGGAUUAUGUUCACAAUUCUUCAACUUAAUCAGGCACAGUAUCUUACCUCAUAGUCUAAACAAAACAUCAACUUGCAGAACCCUAAGAAGCCAAUAAUUUAGAGGCUAGGGUCUAAAUGAUACAUAAUUCUCAGGGAAGUGACCCUAUCCUCUGAAGGUUUUGGGGAUGCAAGAUGUGGUUCUCGUGCCUUGUCAGGUAAUGGCUUUUGUCUACCUCGGUAGUUCUUUCUGCGGCAGCUUCAAACUACCUCAUAUUGGAACCCAGUUGGCUCACCUGCCAUUGGGUGAACAGCUUGCACCGGGGGCUAUUGUGCAUUUUUUUUAUACUGGGAUUUUAAUGGAACCCAUGAAUCAGCUGCUUAAACAAAGUGUAGAACAAAGUAGUAAUUGAAUACUGGUUGGUGUAAAAGAUUUUACUAGUCUAGCUAGGUUACCUCCUUUUGCCACAGUUUAGAAAUUCUCAUUCUGUUUGCUGUGUCUUCACUUGGUUUGACAGUAGCUGAAGUUCAACUUCAGGAAAUAUUUUCCAAAAAAAUGGGUGUUUACAAUUUCAGCAUUGCUCCUUCUUCCCACUAAUAAUUUAAAUUUAAUUUCUUGGUAAAUCAUUUACUGUGUGAAAGGUCAUUUUGCUAUUUUUCUAUGAACUCAAUGACAUCAAAGAGAAACAGCAGGAAAAUUUGAUGUUGGAUAACCAAUUUUCUAAUUGGCUCUGCUUAAUGCUCCAUGUGCCAGUUCAUUACUAUAUAAGGACACUUUGACGCAGCCUUUUUCAAUGGGUGAGAUUUCUGUCGAAGUAUGGAGUUUCUCAUUUGAUAUUAUUGAGUGGAUAACAUAGUAGCCACCAGUUUUCCUUUCUCUAUUGAAUGUGGUUUGUUUAUACCUAAAGUGUAGGUUAAUUGCUGGUUGUGAGGUGGCAGUGCCAUGCUUGGCAGAGAGGAUGCUCAGAUAAGGUAGAUUUGGGAACCAGUUGGGUUACAGGCUGUAGAGGUUGUUCAUAAUCCACAAAUAUGCCUGCAGAAUAGAAAUUUGGUGAGUGGAGCACUUGGAGUAGGUCCAAUUUAGUCUUUGCAGGAUUUGUCCUUUUAGUAGCCCAUGCUACUGUUGUCUCAAAACUGAUCUGGAAUUUAAUAACCCAUUUCACACACCUGAUAGUUGGAUAAUGUUAUAAUGUAGACAAGAGUUGACUUUUUCAUUGACAAGAUGUGACUCCAGUUGUUAAUGGGAGCACCUGAUAUGCUGUUUGUUUAGACAAAUUUUGUUUUUGUGGACUGAUUUUAUGAAGUGCUUAAGUUUUUUUUUUAUAUUCUGAAACUGGGUUUCAAACCACUAGUUAAGCAGACUUUUUUCAAAAUUUAUUCUUGAGAAUUUAAGUGUCUGGUCCAAGAUCCAGAAAUCCUGGUUGAGAAGACGUAAUAUAUAGCUUAACAAGUUUUCGCUGUUUUCUAAAAACAGUGAAACUAAGUUCCAGGCUCAUUAUUUUCGAGGCAGAGCUGCAUAAAAAAGCAAAAGUUCUAUUGAUUUGUGUAAGAUGUGAUUUUGCUUAUUGCCUCUGUUCUAAUUUUAACUGUAGUCUGUUCCAGAUUAAGGGGAUAGCAUUAAAAUGUCUGGUGCAAGUGGUCAAAGGCCCUUUUCUCAAACUUAGACAAGUGCCUCAAAAUAACAGAGCCUGUUUCUGUAUUUAAAGAUGUCCAAGCAGUAUUGUUUAAGUUACUGUUGUGCAACAACCCAGCAUUUAAUGUUCAUUGGUGGUUACCACUGCUUAUAGGAGAGGGGAAAAUGGGGUCCUCGACUACCAAAAAAAAGUUCAUUUUAAAGGAAAAUUCCUCUUGGGCUUGUCUUUACAGUAAGGUGACGGGUAAUUUUUUUCCUCCCUAUUAUAUAAUUUACCUCUGAAUUGUAAGACCCAGCCUCUGCACCAAAGAAUGAGGUUUACUGACCUGGAACACUUCUUAUUCCUGUGUGUUUGAAAGCCUAAAUUGAUGUUUGUGCAAUUUUAUCUGGAUGAAAGUUCAAUAAAAUUUGUUUACAGUUAACA